AUGGUUCUCGUGCGCAAGCGGCUUCUAACGCUCCUUUUUGCGGUUGCGGCUUCUACUGGCUAUGGGUACACUGACUUGAGGAUCGUCAAUAGGGUCAUCAGUCCAGAUGGGUUCAACCGCUCGGCGGUAUUGGCAGGUGGUACGUUCCCUGGGUCUCUUAUUCAAGGACAGAAGAAUGGCCGGUUUCAAAUUAAUGUCAGAGAUGAGCUGACGGACAACAGCAUGGUCCGGAGCACAAGCAUUCAUUGGCAUGGGAUACUCCAAAAAACGACCAACUGGGCCGAUGGGACGGCUUUUGUCACUCAGUGCCCUAUUACGCCCAACAACUCUUUUUUGUAUGACUUCCAAGCUCAAAACCAGGCGGGGACCUUCUGGUAUCACUCACAUCUAUCUACGCAGUACUGUGACGGCCUCCGUGGGCCUCUGGUGAUAUAUGACCCUAAUGAUCCGCAUCGUUCCUUGUACGACGUCGACAAUGAAUCGACUAUAAUCACUUUAGCGGACUGGUACCACGCCCCCGCACCUUCGGGUGCAGGAGAAUGCCCGCCCCCUACCUCCGCCACAACACUCAUCAAUGGCAAGGGGCGGUAUCCAUCUGGCCCUCGAGUUCCCCUGUCUGUAAUCAACGUACAACGCGGAAAACGCUACCGGUUCCGUAUUAUAGCGAUGGCGUGUGAUCCGAACUUCACAUUCUCCAUCGACGGCCACCAGUUCGUCGUGAUCGAAGCAGACGGAGAUAAUACCCAACCUUUGUUGGUGGACGAACUUCAGGUGUUUCCGGGACAGCGGUACUCCGUGGUCCUUACGGCAAAUAAACCUGUUGCGAAUUACUGGAUUCGUGCACUGCCGAAUAGAGGUGUUGCAGGGUUUGAAGGCGGCGUCAACUCUGCCAUAUUGCGCUAUGCUGGAGCGCCCACGAACGCGGAUAAAUCUACACAAACAAAUAGUACUCGGCCACUUCAGGAAACAGAUUUGCAUCCACUCUCUAAUCCCGCCGCACCUGGUCCGCCGACUCGGGCUGGCAAGGAUGUGGUGGCAUUGAACUUAGUCCCGGCAUGGGAUGCUGCCAUUGGCAAAUUUACAGUGAAUGGUGCGCCCUGGAUCACCCCCACAGUGCCUGUAAUGUUGCAGAUUUUGAGUGGAGCGCGGACUGCCAAGGACCUCUUGCCUUCGGGUUCGGUGUACCCCCUUCCGAAGAAUAGGGUUAUUGAGAUUUCAAUGCCCGGGUUGGAUCUUGGCGGGCCACAUCCGUUCCAUUUGCAUGGUCAUUCUUUUUCCGUCGUACGGAGUGCAGGAAGUUCUGUGUACAACUAUGCUAAUCCGUUGCGUCGGGACACUGUUAGCACUGGCCUGGCCUCUGCGGGGGAUAACGUUACGAUCCGCUUCACCACCGAUAAUUCGGGCCCAUGGAUCUUGCACUGUCACAUUGAUUGGCACUUGGACCUCGGAUUAGCAGUCGUUCUUGCCGAAGAUACCCCUGGGACACCUAUAUUGGAUCCCGUUCCUGAGGCCUGGAAAAAUUUGUGCCCUGCGUAUGGCGCAGGCGAUCCUCUUGACAAACCCCCUCCAGAGUCCCCUAAUCCUUGCUUACCCACCAGAAAUCUUCCACACGACGCGAAAUGA